AAGGGUUCUCGUCUUUGAUCUCUCUCCCAUACCAUAAUAAUAAGAAGAAGAUGGCCAACUCCAACAACGACUGGUCUCAGUUCUACAACAACCAAACCUUCUUCACCACCGCUACAGCCUCCACAGUCACAACCACCACCACCACCACCGCCACAUCAGCUGAAUCUCCCCUGAACCCCGAAACCCGCCGUGUUGCAAAACCAACACGUCGGAGGUCUAGAGUCUCGCGUCGUACACCCACUACACUUCUCAACACCGACACAGCUAACUUUAGAGCCAUGGUCCAACAGUUCACUGGUGGUCCAUCAGCCGUGGCUUUCGGGUCUUCGUCUUCGUCUGGUUUUAGUCUUACCUCGUCGGAUCCUAGUGCCGGAGCUCCGUCCAUUGGCUAUCAAGCUCCUUGGCAAUACGCUAGUUUGCAGAACCAAACGGCUCAUCAUCACGAGCUUCCUCAGCAAGAGAGACCGUACAUGUUCUCGUCGUCAAACAACGUGAGUACUCUAAGCUAUCCUAACGCGGUGGUUUCCAAUGGUUUUGUAGCGGCGGAUGAGAGUAGAGACGGCGGAGAAGAAGGAGGAGGUUAUGCUCCGUCGUCGGAGAGGAGUAACAAUGUUGCUUCAUGGUUGCAAUGAGGAAACGGUGAAUUAUCAUUCUUCAGAAAUGGUUAUUUAUUUUUAUUUUUUUUUACCAAUUGGGAAGGGAAGAAAAAACACAUAAAAGGAGGAAAUGUUAGGUAUACUGACUUUGUUUGUAGCAGAAUGAAAACUUUGACUAUUGUAACUUUUUUUAAGUUGUGUUUUAUUUAAAUUUCAUAUUUUGAGGA